AUGUUUCCAUGCGCUGCAAACAGUACCAGUAGUAGCAGCAGGAUCAGCAACAGCAACAGCACCAUAAUGAAGUUCUACCUGUUUUUGGCCAUCGUCGUGUGCGAAUCGUGCAAUUAUUUUUCCCACGCCGAAUAUGACUCCCUGGUCGAGUUGGCGUCCGGUGGCGAGCUUGGAUCGCUUACCGGUGGCCAUCGGCUCACACUGGAGGACUCAUCCGAGGCCGGCGAAUGGUCCCCGGUGUAUCCGUGGAAUGCGGCCAUCAAACGAAGUGCCAAGGCGGACAUUCAGACGCGCCGCCGCAGUGCCCUCGACAAGAACUUUAUGCGCUUUGGACGCUCGGACAAGGACAUGCUGCGGCAGGCGCGCGCCAAUCUGAUGCGGUUUGGUCGACCGGAUCGUAACUUUUUACGGUUCGGACGUGAUCCAUACGCGGCGCUACUUCACGAGGAGGAACUUAGCAAGGAGUACGCCACAUCAACCGAGCAGCUCGAACCAGCGAACGGACCAGGCGACGAACCCGCAGCCACAAAGCGUAACGGUGGGCUUGGCGCCUCGGAGGAAAUGUUAAACACGGGCCUGUCGGAAUCGGGCGAACAGAUCAAACCGAAGCAGAUACUUUACAUACGGCGCGACUCGCCGAAGAAUCUGAUGCGUUUCGGGAAGCGACGCUCGACCGGUUCCGGCUAUAUGCGGUUCGGUCGGGCCGGGAACUUGAUGCGGUUCGGGCGGGCAAGCGACGAACCCGCGGUCGCACUGCUGGCAAGCACCCAGUUCGGACGAUCGGCCCGUGCCGGACCGAAUCUGAUGCGAUUCGGGCGGGCCGGCAAUCUGAUGCGCUUUGGACGGGCUGGCAAUGGAACCGGUACGCGAACAACCGCCGAAGAGCCGAACGCUACCGUCCCGUCCCAGCUCCCAGACGCACUGCCGGCAAAUCUGGCCGAGCUGUUCGAGAAGGAACCGGACCGAGUGUUGCUGGACGCAAUAGAAGCCGCCGAAGCGAACGAGCGUCUUCCGCUGUACAUAGUGGAGAAGUAG